GGAGAUGCCACCAGCCGCGGUGUCACCCAGUCCCGGAGGCGACUCGCGCCCGCUCGGCCACGCGGGUGCAUGGCCACCCCUCCGGGCCGCUCCCGCCGCUCCCGGCCCCGCGGCGCCCUCCGCCCCGGCCUCCCCUCCCCCACACAACCGUCCCGGCGUCCGGCGGCCCCGGCCCCCGCCGCCUCGGUCCCGCCUCCCGGGACUCCCCGGCCGCCGGCGCCGCCCCGGCCUCACCUGCCAUGUCCCGAACCCCGCCACAGAUGGAGGUGCAUCACGGCCGCGAGAAGGCCGGGGGCAGCGCUUCACAGCAGACAAAGGGCGCCGCCAUGUUAGAGCCGGGCGGAACCGACCUCGCUGGCUUCCCGGCUGCGACUUCCGUCGCUGGCGCAGCGCUCGUCCGGGGUGCGCGGCGGUCGGUUUGCGCAUGCGCCUGGCCAGCCAAAAGUUCGUUAGUGCACUUCUGGAACUGUACCCAUUUUAACCCUUGGUUUCCCGCUCCAAUUUCAUCUAGGUCUACAAGGAGAGAAGGUUCUAGAACAUCCUUUGAAGCCAACACUGUGUAUAACCAAGGAGAUGACAUCUUAAAUAACACGACA